AUGAAUGAUACUCUAGAAGACACGAUUCUUGAUAUUGGGGUAGAUGCUUUCAAAAAUGCUAAUGUGGUAGAUACUUUGCAAAAAGACAUGGAAGAGUCGUUGUAUCCGGGAUGCAAAAGUCUUACAAGAUUGUCAGUUGUGUUAAUAUUAUUUAAUCUUAAGGCAAGAGGUGGGUGGACGGAUAAAAGUUUCACUGAAUUGCUUGAAUUGUUGCAAGAAAUACUUCUAGAAGGUAUCAUGUUGUCGAACCAUAGUUAUGAGGCCAAGAAGAUAUUUUGUCUAAUGAGUUUAGAUUAUGUCAGAAUACAUGUAUGUCGUGAUGAUUGCAUAUUAUAUAGGAAAGAAUAUGAAAACUUGAAGGAGUUCCCGAGAUAUGGGGAGUCACGCUACAAGAAAAAGGCUAAUGGUAUUAAAUAUGAUGAUAGUGUAACUAGAAAGAGUGUUCAUUCCAAGGUGAUGUGGUACUUACCGAUAAUUCAAAGGUUCAGGAGAUUAUUUUCUAAUGUAAAUGAUAUAAACAAUACUAGAUGGAAUAUAGAUGAAAGAGUAUGUCAUGGAAAAAUUCGCCAUGUGGCUGAUUUAUUGCAAUGGAAGAAGAUUGAUUCCUUGUUUCCAAAUUUUGCACUAGAAGCAAGGAACCUUAGGCUUGGACUUGCCACCAAUGGAAUGAACCCUUUUGGUAAUUUGAGUACUAACAAUACAUCAUGGUCUGUUCCUCUCAUAAUUUACAACCUAUCUAUAUGGUUGUGCAUGAAACGCAAAUAUAUGAUGUUAUCAAUGAUGAUUUCGGGUCUAAAACAACCAGGGAACGACAUAGAUGUUUAUUUAACUCCAUUGGUUGGAGAUUUAAUACUUUUGUGGGAGGAGGACGUUAAUGUUGAUGAUGCGUAUACAAGUGAAAACUUUAAGCUGUGUGCCAUGUUGUUUUGCCUAAUCAAUGACUUUCUUGCAUACGAUAAUUUUUCUGGGUACAACGUCAAAGGACAUAAAGUGUGUCCUAUAUGUGAAUUUGAUAAAUUCCACCACCAAUUACAAAAUGGAAAAAAGACUGUUUAUCUUGGGCAUCAAAUUUUUUUAAGACCUAAUCAUCCAUACGAUAGAUUGCAGAAGGCUUUUGAUAUGGAACAAGAGUUUGAUUUUGCUUCGAAGCCCUUAAUUGAGAAGGAAGUUUAUAAAAGACAACAACAUAUUAAGAUUGUCUUUAGAAAGAAACAAAAAUUUGAUGGAACAGUUCUCAACAUUAAAGGAAAGACAAAAGAUACUAAGAAAUCCCGUGAAGAUAUGGGUAUCAAAGUUCCCCAAGGAUACUUAUCAAAUGUGAAGAAACUUGUGUCAAAUAACGAUCACAAAUUAGUUGGCUUAAAAUCUCAUGAUUAUCAUAUCUUGAUGCAACAACUUCUACCGGUGGCUAUUCACGGCAUUUUACCAAGGAAUAUAAGGGUAACUAUAACCAGAUUGUGCCUAUUCUUCAAUGUUAUAUGUAGUAAAAUCAUUGAUUCUGAAAACUUAGACGAGUUGGAACACGAGGCUGCAAUUAUCUUGUGUCAAUUAGAGAUGUUUUUCUCUCCAUCAUUCUUUGACAUUAUGGUUCACUUAGUUGUCCAUCUAGUAAGGGAGAUUAGAAUUUGUGGUCCAGUUUAUUUACGAUGGAUGCAUCCCAUAGAGAGAUACAUGAAGAUCUUUAAAGGGUAUACACAAAAUCAUCAUCGGCUGGAAGCUUCGAUCGUUGAACGGUACAUCACAGAAGAAACUAUUGAGUUUUGCACAAUGUAUUUGUCAAAAGGUAACUCUAUAGGAACUCCCAAGUCUCGUCAUGAGGGAAGAUAUGAUGGUAGAGGUACAACGUUUCUGUUUCAGAAAUCUGCAAAAUAUGGUUCUAUAUUCCGUGAUAUGGUUUUCUAA